AUGCAAGUCAAACACUGCGUGUGCUUCUGCAGGGCUGCGCUGGAAAGCUGCUCGGGACCGAAGCGUGCAGGCAGCGUCCGCGCAGAGAUGAGCUCCCAGGAAACCAUCGUGUGCGGCAAGGAAGAAAACCAAAGCAAAUGCCACAUUUCUAAAAGCGAUAGGAAAAGUCCUGUCCCCCUGACCAAGGACGAGGCAAGAAUCGCAGAAGCAGCGAGGCAGAGCGCGCUGGAGAUCCUGAGAGACGCCCUGAAGAAGAAGGACCGUGUGCUCAUGGAGACGCCCCGGCACCUGAUUUCCUGCGACUCCGAACGGCCCCAGUUCUGGAUGGAGCGGUACGCCGUCCUGACCGAGCAGUGGGUGAGAGACCUCAUCUGGCUGGAGGCAGCCAAGUUCAUGGGGGACCCUUCCAAGGACAAAUAUUAUGCGUAUGUCUAUACAGAAUCUGGAGACAAAACCAUUUAUCUGUGCCCGCUCUUCUGGAAGUCUCCGAGUCACCUUGGCAAACCGUGCCAGAUGGGGACUUUAAUCCACGAGGCCUCGCACUUCCUGGGUGCACGCGACAUCACCUACGAGCCAGACAGAAUCUCUGUUGCGUGCAAGGGGCUGAUGGUGAAAAAUAGCUUGACAGACUCAGAUAAGCUAAAAUUUGUUCCUCUGGUGAAUGCGAUGCUAAAUGUCAGAAACAUCCAGUACGAGUUUGAAGUGACCCUGCGGCACCGCGGAGACUACGUGCGGGGGAGAUACUCCUGCUGCGGGGAGACGGCGAGGAGCUCCGUCUGCGAGAGCGCCGUGCCCAACGCCUUCUUCACGUGUCCGAACAACGGGAGGAGACUAACACCGAGCACCGGCGAAGUGCUGGCGGAGAGGCUGGUGCCCCCCCGGGACAGGCUGCAGCGGCACGUAGCUGCGCUUCGGAGACUUGCCGAUGCCGUGGACGAGGUUCGCAGACGCGCCACGACACCAACCAGUGCUGGAGGGGCAGUGGGUAUCGUGGCCCAGAUCACGGGGUUCUUCCUCGCCCCCUUCACCGCGGGGCACACUGCCUCUGCCGUCAGCAGCCCCGCCAGCACCCCAACAACCACCCCCGGCACGGUGCAGUGUCCACGCAGGAGGGAGGAGAUGAGGCAGGUCCUGGGCGAAUGCCAGGCGGAGCUGACACUCAUCCGGGAGUGCCUGGACCUCCUCGCGGGCACCGAUCCACCGGCCUCGGCAGACAGUGCCAUGCUCAGGCUGCUGACGGAUGUCCUGAGGACCAGGGCAGGAAGACGACAAGCUGCUAGCGACAUGGAGGAAGUGCUCAGCAUGCAGCUGCUUCACAUCAAGAGUGUGGCGACUCUGGCAGGAUCCACCGCGGACGCCAUAAGGGCCCUCGCCCGCAAGCUGGACGUCGUCUCUGCGGGAAAGGACUCCACAUUGCUCCACAGAGGCGCCGAGGCAGGGCUGGCAGCCACGAUCCGAGAGGAGGUCACUCGUCUGGAGGGAGUGAUUGCCCACAUCGACCAAGUGCACAAGGCGCUGACGGGGGAGAAAUGA